UCUGAUCCAACCUCUUCUACCUCAUCUGAUGAUUAUCAAUAUGUUAUGGAAGCUAAACUACAAGAAAUGAUCUCCAUACGUAGGAAGGCCGAAGAGAGACAUGGAAACAUUGAAGAACGUAUGAGACAUCUAGAAGGUCAACUUGAAGAGAAAAAUCAAGAACUUCAAAGAGCUAGGCAAAGAGAGAAAAUGAAUGAGGAGCACAACAAAAGAUUAUCUGAUACUGUGGACAGACUUCUGACUGAAUCCAAUGAGCGCUUACAGCUACAUUUAAAGGAGAGAAUGGCUGCUCUAGAAGAGAAGAAUGUUUUAAUUCAAGAAUCAGAAACUUUCAGAAAGAAUCUGGAAGAAUCUUUACAUGAUAAG